AUGGAGGAGGGGAAGAAGAAGAGCAGAGUUCUGAUAAUCGGAGCAACUGGAAGAUUAGGGCAUUAUUUGACCCGUUUCAGCAUCGAAUCGGGUCAUCCGACUUUCGCCCUCAUCAGAAACUCCACUUUCUCCGAUCCCGAUAAGUCCUCUAAGCUGCAUUCUCUCUCCGACGCCGGCGUUACUCUCCUCCUCAAAGGCUCAUUGGAUGACGAAGCAAGCUUAGAAGAGGCAGUGAGGAAAGUAGAUGUGGUGAUCUCUGCAAUUCCAUCAAAACAUGUUCUUGAUCAGAAACUCCUCAUCAAAGUCAUCAAACAAUCUGGCUCCAUCAAGAGGUUUAUUCCUGCUGAGUAUGGAGCAGACUCGGAGAAAACACAAGUCUCAGAUCUUGAUCACGGAUUCUAUGCAAAGAAAGCUGAGAUCAGACGUCUGAUAGAGUCAGAGAAGAUCCCACAUACUUACAUUUGCUGCGGACUGUUCAUGAGGAUUCUACUUCCAUCGCUUGCGCAACCAGGGGGGUCUCAGUCUCCUCCAAGAGAUAAAGUCACAGUCUUUGGAGAUGGAAACGUCAAAGCUGUGUUUGUGAAUGAAGUUGAUGCUGCAGCAUUUACAAUCAAAACGAUAGAUGAUCCACGAACACUCAAUAAGACACUGUACCUUAGACCGUUAGGAAACGUAUGCUCCAUGAAUGAUCUUGUUGAGCUCUGGGAAGGGAAGAUUGAGAAGAAGCUUGAGAAAAGUUUUGUUACAGAAGACCAAGUUCUCAGCAAGAUUAAAGAGACUCCAUAUCCGGAUAACAUGGAGAUGGUCUUCAUAUACUCUGUCUUUAUCAAAGGAGAUCACACAUAUUUCGACAUUGAGUCUUGUGGUGGAGUCAAUGGCACUGAGAUCUAUCCUGAUGUCAAGUACAUGACCGUGAGCGAGUUUCUGGAUAGUCUUGUCUAG